GGCGGGGCUGGGCGGGGCGGGGCCUCGCAGGUAGCGUCAGUGGCGCGCGGCAGCAGCAGCGCGAGGAGAGGGCGCGCGCGUACCGGCCUCCCGCAGCCCCGCUUCUCCGCCAUGGCCGCUUACCGCCUCGUCCUCGUCCGCCACGGAGAGAGCGCCUGGAACCUGGAGAACCGCUUCAGCGGCUGGUACGAUGCUGAUCUCAGCCCUGCUGGUCAGCAAGAAGCGCGGCGUGGCGGCGAGGCCCUCCGAGAUGCUGGCUACGAGUUCGACAUCUGCUUCACGUCAGUACAGAAACGAGCCAUCCGGACCCUCUGGACGGUCCUGGAUGCCAUUGAUCAGAUGUGGUUACCCGUUAUCCGAACCUGGCGCUUGAAUGAGAGGCACUAUGGGGCUCUCACGGGUUUGAACAAGGCUGAGACGGCAGCAAAGCAUGGUGAGGCGCAGGUGAAGAUCUGGAGGCGCUCAUAUGACAUCCCUCCGCCUCCUAUGCAGUCCGAUCACCCCUUCUACAGCACCAUCAGCAAGGACCGUCGCUAUGCUGAUCUGACAGAGGACCAGCUGCCAACAUGUGAGAGCUUGAAGGACACCAUUGCUCGGGCUCUGCCUUUCUGGAAUGAGGAAAUUGUCCCACAGAUCAAAGAGGGCAAGCGAGUCCUUAUUGCUGCCCACGGCAACAGCCUGCGUGGGAUUGUCAAGCACCUGGAAGGCAUGUCAGAAGAGGCUAUCAUGGAGCUAAACCUGCCCACUGGCAUCCCUAUCGUCUACGAGCUGGACAAGAACCUGAAACCUGUCAAACCCAUGCAGUUCCUAGGUGAUGAGGAGACUGUGCGCAAGGCCAUGGAGGCUGUUGCUGCCCAGGGCAAGGUCAAGAAGUGAGGGUGGGUAGGUUAGCACGUAGUAGAUAAGCCUCCCCAACUUUCCCCCACCCCUCUGUGCACACCCCUCACAGCCAUAGGAACUUGGAACUGCGGAACUGGAGAAGCUCCCUAGAUUAGGCCCAUUCCCUUGGGACCAGGCUUCCUUCUGCAGUCAGCCCGGGGCUCAAGGGUGAGGUGCCACAUAGGUGGGGGCCUGGUGUGAACUGGAGCCCUGGCGCUACCAGACCACAGCCAUGCACCUCUCCAUGCUGACAUCCUAACCCUUGGGCUCAGUCUGCAGGGGGAUGCCCCAAGCGAUCCCUCACAGUGCCAGGCUCCUCUGCUUUGCUUUCCUGACAGCUCUCAUCACCUGGUUACUGUAGUUUUGUCGCUUGACGUAGUCAUCCCUAGAGCAGUGGGGUAAGCAUGGCACAGGCAGCAACUGCAAUGGAUACCCAUCCCCUCACGGGUGUGCGGCACAAGGACCUGGAUGGGUAGCCAGUAGAAGGGUUGUAUUUUGGUGCAUGCAAUACAGCACCCGAGGGACCUAGCUCUGCCAGCCCCUGCUUUAACUUAUUGCCUUUGGAUGAAGGCAGGGGAGGGAGCAAGAGGGUUGUCUGGAAGUUCAUGUCCACCACAUGCUUCCCCCAGGCAAAGCCCACCUUAGUCCUGUUGGUGACACAGGUGGUGUUGUGCCCUAUCUCAUACGCGUGUGUGUUGCCCUGUUGCUGUGGCUUCCCCCUCUGCUGGUGCAGGGAGCCUGGCCUUGCCCAAGGCCAGCGUAACUGUCUGACAUAGCAGCUGUAUUGUUCCAGUUCAAUAAAGGAGUAAUGCGCAACAA